AUGCAUGAGAGACUGUUAGUAGAUUCUGUGUUUGCAGCUGAAAUCUGUAAUGUACCACUAGCCAAAAGUAGAAAUAGCAAAUUUUACACGAGAAUUUUCAUGGAGUAUUUUAAAAGAGUGCGGACGACUGAGCUGGAUGGAUUGCCAUGGAAUGAAAAACAAGAAGUGUCGGAGAAGGUUGUUGGGAUUAUAAGGAAUAACGUAAACGAGAUAAUGCAAAUUAACAGCCAAGCAAAGAAGCUAGAACUAUUUAUACGGUAUUUAUCAGUGGAUGCAUUGUCUGAUUUAGUAGAGAAAGUGAGUGUUGUAGAUGUUCAUAAUAAGAAUAUAACGUAUGUACUUGAGACAAUACUAAAAAAAAUAGAACAGCAGAAGACACUCACUGAGUCGUGCACAAAUCUGCUCGUAAGCAUUAGCAAUGGUAUACAGAAGAACAUAAUGAAAUCAUUUAAAAGCAAGGGAACUAACCAUAUAAUUAGAGUACUCUUGCGUAUUAAGUACAAUGUAGAGGGAUUGAUUGAUUCAAUUAAAAAAGUGCCAAUUGAAUAUAUUCUGGAAGACUCAACAAGAACAGCAACAUUUGUUGAGUACUUGUCAUACACGAGUGAUGAAGAGAAGAGUAAAAUAGUAAAACAUUUACUUAGCAUUUUAACAGUAGAUCAUCUUAAAGGGUACACUUCAUUUUUGUAUGAGAAGGUUUGUAAGUUAUCAGACGAUGCACAGCUAGACCAGAUAUUCCUUGUUAUUAAACCAGCUGUGUUAGAGUUAUGCCGUGAUGAGGUUGGUAACUAUUUCAUGCAAACAUUUAUAUCUGUGUACGACCCAGCGAAGGUGUACAAGAUACUAAAGCCAGACAUCCACGGCUUUAAUACGAACAAUAAUGUUGUACAGACUCUUCUAAAAAGGGCAUCUGAUAUGGGAUGCACAGAUAUUUUAGAGAGUGCCAUCAAAAGAUUAUUUACAAUUGAUACUAUUAUGCACACGCUUCUGUUUCACAAGACAGGAGGGUUUGACUCAAAGUCGUAUAAGCUAGCUAUAAAACUUAUGUGCGCAAAAACAAAGUAUCAGAAUGCACUUCAGAUGCAGUGUGUAGCACUUUAUGAGAGAUACUGGUUAUUUAACAAAGUAGGACAGGAGAUAAUUAUAUCCCUUCUAAGGUACACUAAUAUAUCAAGUGAAGUAAUUACUCUGCUUACCAGUACAAUGACAAAGGAAUUUAUAGGAAUACAUGAGAGUAAAGGAGGAAGUGCACUAUUAGAUGCGAUUUAUGCAGUGGCCGACAGAGACACAAGAAGAAAAAUUGCAAUGGUAAGAAAGCGCAGCCAUUCCUGCUUUGAGUAG